UCUCUUUCCUUUUAUGCUUGGCUCCAGAGAGCCCUUAAAAUCACAAUUUGUGCUUGCACCAUAUAGACUCUGGUUUUUGGUUGACAUUUUCCUUUUGUCUUGAACAUAUCUAAGAUCGGAGGACCCUUUUGUCAGAAAUACAGUUUCAACAUGGUUGGUAUUUUCCCUAGAUUCUCUGUUGGGAAGGCUGGCCAUCGACGAUCCCAGAGUGCUCUUGUGGAAAGGGAAGUCGAGCCUCCAAACCCCGAUGUUGCUGCUGCAGCUGCGGGUACGGCUACUGCUACUGCUCAUGGAAUCGAAAUAGCAUUUGAGUUUAAACCAGUAGAACAUCCGAUCGAACCUUUGGACAACGACCAACCAAUCCAAUGCCCGCUGCCGGAGCCUUCAAUUCUAAAUGAUGGAAGAAUAUGGAAGGAGCGAGUAUCUGCUACGGCUAGUGCAAGGAGGAGAGCUGAUUUGCCGGUAAUGAAGGAUGGAGGCAGCCUUCAAUCUGAGACUGAAGCUACUGGCGGAACAAAACCUCGGCCGUCCUCAAAUCGCAUGAUUUUACCAUCUCUAAGUGCUCCAGAACAUAAUUUAUUAAAUCUCCUCGAAGAAUGUGCUGCGUCUGGGAUCUGAACCCUGCUACCAAUUGGAAUAUGCUUCUGCACCUUCAUUCCAAUAAUUUGCUUAUCAGCUAUAAACUCCAAGCUGGUUUUUGUUUACUGCCACCUAUUUGGUUGAAUGUAUUAUAUACUAUAUGAAAACAUGGAAACGGAAAUGGAAAUAUUGCCCUCACCUCA